UGCGUUUGGCUUGGCGGGCGGUUGGAGUGAAUGAAUCGGGGCGGAUUCUAGGGAUUUGAAGACCAAGCGCAGAACCUGCUUGUUAAGGCGGUUAUUUCUGAGGUUAAACUCUGAGACAACGGGAGUAACUUGAAGGAUGGUAAGAGAAGAAGAGAAGGUUAUUCCAGUGCGAGUAGCCUUACGUUGCCGUCCUCUUGUACAAAAAGAAAUUGAUGAAGGAUGUCAGGUGUGCUUGACAUUUACCCCAGGAGAGCCACAGGUACUUUUGGGAAUUGAUAAAUGUUUUUCAUACGAUUACGUCUUUGAUUCCUGCACAGAGCAAGAAGAAGUGUUCAAUAUUGCAGUUGAUCCCCUUAUUCAGGGGAUAUUCAAAGGGUACAAUGCUACAGUUUUGGCAUAUGGACAGACUGGCUCUGGAAAGACCUAUUCUAUGGGAGGCACCUACACAUCCGGGCAAGAGGGAGAUCCUGUUGUUGGAGUCAUUCCAAGAGUAAUAAAUAUGCUCUUUAGAAUGAUUGAAGAAAAUUCAGAUAAUGAGUUCACGUUAAAAGUUUCCUAUCUAGAGAUCUACAAUGAGGAGAUUUUGGAUCUAUUGCAUCCAUCUCGAGAGAAAUCGCAGAUUCACAUUAGAGAAGAUCCCAAAGAAGGAAUAAAGAUUGUAGGUCUAAUUGAAACAAAAGUAUUAACUGCGAUGGAUAUGGUGAAUUGCCUGGAACAAGGAAAUUCUACAAGGACAGUUGCUGCAACAGCUAUGAACUCCCAGUCAUCCCGAUCGCAUGCCAUCUUCACAGUCACUGUUGAGCAGAGAAAAAAAAAUGACAAAAACAGUUAUUUCCGUUCUAAACUGCACCUGGUGGAUCUGGCAGGAUCAGAGCGCCAAAAGAAAACAAAAGCAGAAGGUGACCGUCUAAAGGAAGGAAUCAACAUCAACCGUGGAUUGCUGUGCCUGGGUAACGUUAUCAGUGCGCUUGGAGAUGAGAAUAAUCGCAAGGGCUUUGUACCGUAUCGAGACUCAAAACUAACACGAUUGCUACAAGACUCGCUUGGUGGAAAUAGCCAUACUUUGAUGAUAGCUUGUGUCAGUCCUGCUGAUUCUAAUAUUGAAGAAACUCUAAAUACUCUACGCUAUGCUGACAGAGCAAGGAAGAUAAAGAAUAAGCCUGUAGUUAACUUCGAUCCUCAGGCUGCUGAACUGCAGCGACUUAAACAACAGGUGCAAGAACUUCAAGUGCUGUUACUUCAGGCACAUGGGGGAACAGUUCAAAUAAGCAAAAGGGCAGAUAAAUUGGAGAAUCAACAAUCUGUAAUGGAGACGGCAAGACUGCACCGAGAAGAAAUGGACAAUCUGAGUAAAGAGCUUCGUGAUGCAGUUGGCCAGACAACUCAGAUGUGUGAAAGGGUCAUAGUGACUGAACAGAUGAAUGAGAGAUUGAUGUGUAAGCUGAGUGAACUCUCGCAGCAUGCUGCAUGCAAGUUGGACUUGGACAAGCUAAUGGAAGUUUCAACAAAUGAAGAAAUGAAUGAGCAAAUAAACGCCCUACGUAGUCUGCAGCAGACUAUUUCUAAUAUGCAGACUGAGUGCACAAAAAUGCUGCCUGAGAUGGAGGGAAUUGACCUACAGCAAGAAGAGGAAGAAAAUGUAGAUGAGAACACCAGCUUAAAGGAAAAGAGGGACUCUGAUCCUUUCAUGGCCUGUCAUGCACUGAGGCAUGCACAGAUGUCCAAAGAAUUGAUGGAACUGAAUAAAGUACUAGCGCUCAAAGAGGAAUUGGCCAGGAAGAUGUCUCGGGGUGACUGUGAAAUGGAACCUGUACAGUCUCUAUAUCAGGUAAACAUCAAAUCCCUGGAGGAUCAACUUUCUGCCCUACAGAAAGAAAAGGAAGAACUGGUGCUGGCAUUGCACAGUGCAAAGAAGGACAUCAAUGCAAGCAAGGUUAGCGAGCGCCGACGAAAGCGUUUGCAGGAGUUGGAAGCUGAAUUGACAAAUCUUAAAAAGAAGUUGUUGGAGCAAUCAAAAAUGUUGAAAUUCAAAGAGAAGACUGAAGGAACAGUCGGUAAAUUGAAUCAAGAAAUUCAGGCACUAAAGUAUCAGCGAGUUCAGCUGAUGCGACAAAUGAAAGAGGAAGCUGAGAAGUCUCGUAAAUGGAAAGCAGAAAAGGACAAGGAGGUUCUGCAACUUAAGGAAAAAGACCGAAAAAGACAGUAUGAGCUAUUGAAACUAGAACGAAACUAUAAACAGCAAGCAAAUGUAUUGAGACGCAAGACUGAAGAGGCAGCUGCUGCUAACAAGCGCUUGCGUGAUGCACUUCAGAAACAGAAGGAUGCCGCUGAAAAGCGCAAGGAAUCAAAUAGAGGAAUGGAAGGGACUGCUACUAGAGUACAGAGUUGGCUUGUCAAUGAACUGGAAGUUCUUGUGAGUAUUGAGGAGGCUCGUCGUCACUUGAACUCCCUACUGGAUGACCGGAAAAUCCUGGCACAUGAGCUGUCCAUGCUUAUGGGGAAGAAAGAAGUCCACCAUCCACCAUCCAAACUCCGGCGUCGAACUUUUACGUUGACUGAGCUAAUGAAAACCACAGAGCAGGAUCCAUCUUUAAACAAGCAGAUUGAAAGUGUGGAGACAGAAAUAGAACUCAGGAGUGCUCAAAUUGCUGACCUUCAACAGAAGUUGAUGGAUGCAGACAAUGAUGAAAGGUUGAAGCAUCGAUGGGAAACAAUUGCUACUAUUUUAGAAGCUAAAUGUGGACUAAAAUGGCUAAUGGGAGAGCUGGUGUCAUGUAAAGUAUCACACAGUAAACUGGAGAGUGAAUUCAAUCAGGCAAAAGCUGACAAUCUAGAGUUACAGAAGACUUUAAUUGAAGAGCAAACACACAUAGCUGAAAUGGAGACUGACCAUCAACAACAGCUGCUUGAUCAAGAACAGAGGCACCAAGAUAAGGUGCUCUAUUUGCUUAGCCAAUUACAAGAAAACUCCAAUCUACAAAAGGAGUCUGUUCCUCAUCAAGAGGCCCAACUUCUGGAGAGGCUCAAGUUCCAAGAUGAAGAAAUCAAUAAGAUGAAAGAGCUAUGUGAAAAGAAUCAGCAGUUAAUGAAAGAGAAUGAAACAUAUAAGCAGAAACUGAACCUGCUCCAGUAUACAACCAGCAAACUGAGUGAUAGCAACCUAAUGAGCUUAUCAGCUGAGCCUUCAACCUCUCCCUUUGAGUAUGUUCCUCCCAAGCCAAAGAACAAGAGGAAGACCACUGCAAAGCCAAACAUGAUGACACCACGUGUGAGUCUGGAAGAGCUAUUAUCUGACUCUGAUUCUAAUGCUGAAACUGAGGAUGAUGAUUGGGUCCCCGCUAAAAUGAAAGAAAAUAAGAGAACAAGUUUGGGGUGUUCCUGCAAAGGUCGCUGUGCCAACAAACAGUGCAGAUGCAGGAAGAAUAAAUUAGAUUGUGGUGACCACUGCAGAUGCAUUGCCAAUCAUUGUCACAAUCGUGUCAAUAUGCCCCAAGAUGAUGUGUUUACUGAAAAUGGAUCAGAUGGAUCAUUUAAGCUGGAUGACCCCACUGAAUCUGAGUCUUGCUUCUUUGAGCCUCUCAGCAUCACUUCUACUGAUAAGGUUCUGACUGACAUCACUGGACAAACAAAGCUGAAGUUAAUUCGUAAACCACUGCUGGAGACUGAAGAUUUGAACAACACAAACAUCAAAAAGAAGAAGAAAACCUUGUUGAACUGCAACACUAGCUUCUUUACUGGAUACCCUUCAAUCCCCGAAGAUCUAGAAUAAGUGCCUCUUUCUGUAAAUACUUAAAAUGCAUCUUUGCUUUAUUUGUUUGUGACUUGAUCAUUCCAGAAGGCACAUUGCUGUAUAGUGACUUCAGCUUUCUUGUGGGGGAUCACCAUGACUGUCUUUCUAUCCCUAGUUUCUCUUUUUUUCAUCCUCCUGUGUGUAUGUGUGUGUGUGUGUGUGUAUAUUUAAUAAGGUAUGUCUAGAGAUGAAACUGCAUUCAAUGUGAAAAGCCAUAGAAUUGACUGUGAAGAAGUGGAAAAUGUCAUGUUUUCUAUAAUUUUACAGUUCUUAACCAGGGUAUGUUGAACAGUUGUUCAGAGGUUAUACUCUGGUUAGUAACCAGUUGCUAACUAGCGAGGGAGGGACAAAAGGAGAGUUUUACUAUUAUUUUGAUAAGACUUUUUGGACAUGGUGUUUAUGCUUUUUCCAUUUUGGAAAAGGGAUUGUUAGCCUUUGAUUUCUUUGGCCUUAAAGUAUCAUUCAAAGUAUUGAAUCUGUCUUAAUACAGUUUGCUUCAUUGCAGUAAGGAAAACCAUGGUAAUCCUAUCUCUCUAACCUUUCAAUCUGAAUAAAUUGUUCCUUUUAUGGAAGGACACUGUCAGUGUAAAAGUUUGUAGUCUAGCAAUUUCUAAUGUAAUUCUUUCCUACCCAAACAUAAUGUGAUUUUAAUUAUCACAGCUGAAAUAGAAAAUGAUAGAAAUGUGCAGAGAAGUUAUUAGCAUCUGACAUCUUUCAAAGGGAGACUUGAUAUGUUCAGGAAUUACCAGUUUGAGAUUUGCAGUAUUUCUUUUAUUUUUCUGAUUAAUGGCUAUCUCAAAUUAUUGUUCUGCCUGCCUUUCAGGUGUAAUAUUUUUGGAAUAUUAAGCCAGAAGUAUUUUAAUUUUGUAGUUACAGGAAAGUGAUUUAAGUCAACACCAUGAUGCCAUACUUCUCUUCAUAAUUUAGUCAGAAAUUGACUUCAAAUAUUUUAAAUGUAAAGUUUGUGAUUAGUGCAAAGCCAGGUUAGCAAAGUUAGAGUCUGCAAAAGAUGGGCAAGUACUACUGGAAAAUAUUCAGUGAGCAUGGCGAUGUGUAUGCUGGUAGGAGCCAGAACACUUUUUGCCUUCUGAGAUUGUUGUCCUACCUCUAGAUACACAAGUUUACUGUACAAAUACGUAGAAUAUAAACUUCCUAUUUUUUAAAAGAAAUUAUUUCUACAAAUAUGGCUUAAUCUUCAAAUGGAAAUUUAGUCUGUUUCCAGCACUCUUUUUAACCUCAUUGCUGUAGUUUAUAAAUAAAGAGAAGUGAUUAAGA